AUGCCUAACAAGCCGGAAAGGGAAUCAAUUUCUCCCAGGUCACCAGACCGAGCCGGAGAGUUAUUGACUUCUUCGCAAAUUGCUCCAGAAAUGCAGCCUGCCGAGAAUAGUGGGCGUUAUACAAGCGAACUCCAUGGAGGCUACAAGUGCGACUGGAAUGAUCCUGAGUUAGUCAAGAAACUACAACUGGACAUUGAAGGCCAGCCACAGCGGAAUGGGCAGAAUGGUACGGAACGCCAAAGUUCAGAUGAUUCAGGCACGGGAAAUAUGGAGUUUUUGAGCCCACUGGACCCUGACAAGUUAAGAAACUUGGGGUUUCUGUCCUCUGGCCCAGGGGCGGCAACUGAGUCGGCCGUUCAACAUGCGGAAGUCACCGGCACCAACGGUGCCAUCCCUUCUCAGCGUUCGACCGUCCGCGCUCUCCCUUCUCACGCUGCUGGCACCAGUAGUCCCCGGGCGCAGCCAGCGUACACAAGAUCCACAUCAAUGAACGAUACCCCAGUUGGAACAGGCACAGCUCGGAACAACAUAGCAGACGCGUCUCGACCUGCUCCUCCUCCCCCACCUCCUCCCACUGCAGUUGACGGCACUCCGGCGAGUAUGUCAACUCCACUGGAUAUUCAGGAAAUUUUUUGCUCCAAAACUCUUUGGCCGGACAGCAGUAAGUGAGCUGAGAGUGUUUACAUAACAUAUCCCACAACAUUCUUCUGCGACGUGUUCUUCCUGUCGAUGGCACCGAGUCUGUGAAUGGGCCUGAGGGCCCUGAGGACCCUGGUUGCGAGUAACUUCAGGGUCCGCAGACAGUGAUUUCCGGUUAGAUUUGAGAAUCUAGGGCUACUAUCAAUCUAAAUUGUCCCUUGCUGCAAUACUUAACUAUGUUAACCUUUUUGCGAUGCCGUGUCCCCUUAACUGGCCCAUAGCAUGAUGAGUCGUUGCAGCGGCGGGUGAUUGGCUAUCCGACAUGCCUGCUUAAACUUCGACCGACCGUGCCUUGCGAUCAUGAACAGACGACCUUGGAUCGGUACUGGAUUAAAUUUUGAUUAAUAACUGGAAUAAACGCUCCUUAUGGCGAAUUACCUAGGUAAC